AUGUAUUUGUAUAAUAAUAGAGUUCAUGGUGAUGUAUUUCGACCACCACAAAAAGGCAUGCUUCUUGCUGUUCUUAUUGGUAAUGGUGUUCAAAUUGCAAUCAUGUCAUUAAUUACUUUAAUUUUUGCUUGUUUUGGCUUUCUUUCACCGGCAAGUCGUGGUGCGUUGAUGACUUGUGCUAUUGUCUGUUAUGUUCUUUUGGGUACACCGGCUGGUUAUACAUCAGCUCGUUUAUAUAAAAUGUUUGGUGGUGAAAGAUGGAAGAAAAAUGUUUUGAUGACAGCUGUUGCAUGUCCUGGCUUAAUUUUUGGUAUCUUUUUUAUUUUAAAUCUGGUUCUUUGGGCAAAUGGCAGUUCAGCAGCUAUUCCAUUUACAACAUUUUUAGCAUUACUUGCUCUUUGGUUCUGUGUAUCAACACCAUUGGUAUUUAUUGGUGCCUAUCUUGGUUUUAAACGACCAGUUUCAGAAAAUCCUGUUCGUACGAAUCAAAUUCCACGUCAAGUUCCCGAACAAACUUUAUAUACGAAACCACUACCAGGUAUUUUAAUGGGUGGUAUUCUGCCAUUUGGUUGUAUAUUCAUUCAACUAUUUUUUAUCUUGAACAGUAUUUGGGCUCAUCAAUAUUAUUACUUUUUUGGAUUUUUAAUGGUCGUCUAUAUUAUUCUGAUAAUAACAUGUUCGGAAACAACAAUUCUUCUUUGUUAUUUCCAUUUAUGUGCUGAAGAUUAUAAUUGGUGGUGGCGAUCAUUUUUAACAUCGGGUUUUACUGCUGUGUACUUUUUUCUCUAUUCAAUUUAUUAUUUUUCAACAAAAUUAGAAAUAUCCGAUGGAACAUCAACAUUUCUAUAUUUUGGUUAUACAGUUAUGCUUACAUUUAUUUUAUUUCUAUUUACGGGUACAAUCGGAUUUCUUGCUUGUUUCUGGUUUGUUCGUAUAAUCUAUUCUGUCAUUAAACCAAUGCGUUUAUCACCACAAUCUCCAUGGAGAAAAGGAUCAGACAUUGAAAAGAAACUUGAACAAGAUCGAUCAUUAACCCAACGUAGUGAGAAACAAUCUAUUGAUUCGAUUGAAAAACUCAAAAAUGAAAUACCAUCGAAUGUAUCAUUUAAAGAAGAAAAAACUGAAGCUGAUCUACAUUCAUUGAUUAAACAAUAUACUGAAAAUAGUUCCGAAUCAACUGAUCAAUCUGUUAAAAAAGUAUUGAAAGAUUUAUCUACAUAUCGUAGUACGAAUAUCGAUCAACAAGUUUUAUUUGUUCGAGAUUUAUUUACUAAUGGUUUACAAGCUAAACAAGAUGAUCGUAAACCUAUAGGAGAUUUAAUUGAUACUGGACUUAAGGGAGGAAUUUUAUUUAGUGAACCUUUUAUUUCUGGCUAUCAUCUUUUUAAUAAAUUUACUAAGCCAAAUAAAAACUUUAAAAGUUAUUUUUAUAGUUUUAAACUUUUUGUUGAUGCUGUACAAUAUUCUCUCAUUGAUAUUCAUUUUAUUUGGCAAUUUAUUGGUGAAAUUAUUGGGAAGUUUAAAUCGAAUUUUUUUAUCGAAAUAUUUUCUAUUUUUUAA